CCACAGGACUGAAAUAUACGAAAUAGUUGCCGCCGAUAGGUAUGACUUUCUUAAUCCGGGAGACCGGGACCCAAAGGCCCAAACCCAACAAAGAAUAAAACCCUCAAAAAUAUCUGCACCAUCGUAGAACAAGUACAAUCACACAUCAUUAAUACAAGUUUCUUCCGGAACAUUCCGGAUGGCAAGCACCCAAGAUAUUUUCUUCUCGGCUUUCAAUAAGAUUCUCGAAUACACUACCAAUACUUAUAUACCUCACACAUCCAACCCUAUCAGAAUCAAGCCACCGCCUUAACCCGACCCUAUCAUAUAUAAAUCUCCCAUACCAACCUUUCUCUCUGAUCUGUUAUUCCAUUUCAAUUCUGGUCAUCAAGAAGGACGUACUUGUGGAAUUGCUGAAUCUGUGGUAUUUGAAGCUCUGAGAAUUUGGGAGGGUGAAGCCUGAAGGAGAUGGAGGCCGGGUCGGCUUCGUAUUACAGUGUUCUGGGAGUUGAUUCAGAUUCUUCUACGGAAGAAAUCAAGCGCGCUUAUCGGAAACUCGCCAUGCGGUAUCAUCCAGACCGGUGGACAAGAAGCCCUUCUUUGCUGGGGGAAGCCAAGCGAAGGUUCCAGGAGAUUCAAGAAGCAUAUUCUGUGUUAUCGGAUCAGAGGAAGCGAACAAUGUACGACGCAGGGUUGUACGAUCCCGAUGAGGAAGAAGAUGAGGGGCUGUGUGAUUUUGUGCAAGAAUUGGUGUCUUUGAUGGCGGAAUCGAGACGAGAGCAGAAGAGUUAUAGCAUGGAGGAUUUGCAGGCAAUGUUCAUGGAGAUGGCUAAAGGAUUCGAGUCUUCUUUUGGGUACUGUGGACCUAAUUUUGAGCAAGCUCAUCAAUCUGGGUGCGCAAAGAGGACGCGUCUGGAAUCUAAACCAGGCAUCGACACAGGCUCGACUAUGGGGAUGUAUGGAGGACGAGGAUUCUUUUCAUUUUAGAGAAGUAGGCUUUGUUGAUGAUGAGAGAAUCAAAUCAAAUGUUUUUAAAUUGUAAUUUGUAUGAAGUUUUGAAAUCUGAGAGUUUGAGUCAUCAUUCCAACUAGACGCUUGUGUUUUUGUAAAAGUGUUGUUUUAAAGGUGGGCUUGACAACUAUAGAAUCUCAAUGUGGGCUUGUUUUGUGACACUGAUGUUGUGGGUGGAGUUCUAGCUAGUUCUACACUAUUCCUUUUCUAGUGGCAUGGUUCCAAAUCCUUG